AUGGGAGGAUUCUGGAAUAUUGGAGGUAAUGUGACAUCAUUGAAGCAGGUACUACACAGCCUUUUUUGGAGGCUGCAGCACCAGACGUAUCAGGUAUACGGACCAGGUUUCGGAGCAGACACGGAACACCAGGAGGAGACACGUUACAAGACGUGGUCAAAAGGGGCGCACCUUCUGGGGUAAGAGGGAGGCCACCUCGCCAGUAGAACUGGCUCCUAUUUUCAAUUUAUCUUCACGAUCACUUACAACGGAUGAAGUCACACUUUUAAGUAAAGGGUUAUCUUUUGUUCCCACCUCUAGACCUAAUGCUCAGGAUUGGGAAGUUGAAUUAUACAAGUUCGGUCGUUCACUGAGACUAAAGGACUUUUUUAAAUCUAAAACAGUGGAAGGUUCUGAGCAGAGUCAUCAAUUCCGGGUAAGGAGUACAUUUGACCCAUUACCCAAUCAACCUUCGAUUAAAUCUUUUUUACGCUCAGUACAAAAAGAAACCACUGAUCAUUUGAAAGGCAAGCACCAAUACCAUUCAAAUUGUACAAUGAAAGAUCGAGCUAUCAUUAAGUCCUUGGCACUUGAUAAAAACAUCGUUAUCAGACCUGCUGAUAAGGGGGGUGGGAUAGUGAUCCAGAAUUAUUCCGAUUACCGCUUGGAAAUUUUGUCACAAUUGUCGGACCAGACCACAUACGAUAAAUUGUCUAUAGACCCUACAAAGGAGGUGAUGCACUGUAUUGAUACUUGUUUAAUAAGAGGCCUACAUUCCAACUAUAUAUCUAUGGAACUAUACCAGUAUUUACGAUCCCUGGCUCCUAGAACACCUGUACUAUACACGCUACCCAAAAUUCAUAAAAAUAAGGACAGACCUCCUGGUCGACCUAUUGUGUCAGCAAUAGGGGGCGUCCUUGAACCUUUAGCCAAGUGGUUGGAUUUUUUAUUCAAGGAACCUAUUGAGCAUUUAUCGACGUGUAUAAAAGAUACUCCAAGUUUUGUUAAACUCUUAUCAAGGACGACAUUACCUUCUGAAUCGGUGGUUCUGGUGACAUGUGACGUGUCAAGUUUAUAUACUGUGAUACCUCACCAAGAAGGUAUCGAAGCAAUGAGAUCCAUAUUAUCCAGCUCUCUAUACUACACAGGACCUCCAAUUGAGUUCAUAUUAGAACUUUUGGAAAUAGUACUCUCUCAAAACUAUUUUAGGUUCGAGAUGGAAUGGUUUAGGCAAAUUGCGGGUACUUCAAUGGGUGCAGCCAUGGCACCUAUGUAUGCCAAUGGCUACAUGUAUUGUUAUGAAACCAAACACAUUUUGGAACCCUACAAGGACUACAUCCUGCAAUAUGUCAGAUACAUCGAUGACAUCUUCAUGGUAUUCAAGG